CCGCAAACGUAUUAAGCUUCGACAUAAAUAGGCAGGUAUAACAGAGUGCAGUAGCAUUUUAAAUUAAUCCGCGUGUAGUAAAUAUUGUGCGCAUUACAGCGCGUAAUCAUCGCAAUGCCAAAUCAAUUGAUUGCAUUAACCAAUAUCGACGAUUUGAGAUCGCUACGUGAGCUGUAUAAAUCAUAUGGUAUAACGCAGUUAAUUGGUUAUCAGACACUAGAUAACUACAUCAGCUGGUUGGAAAGAGAACCACAUCAAAAACAUAUUAAGAUUUACACGCUGCCGGAGGUUUGGCGAAAGAGCGGACUCUAUUUGAUUGUAGAUCGCUAUCAACUGAUGGUGAAUGCUUUGGACACCGCAGAAGCCGCAAAUGAAUUGAGAACCGCUCUAACUCAACUUGACUGGAGUCGCGGUUAUAAAAUGACGGGCGUGCCGGACAUACAUCACGACACUAUUUUCAAAAUAGUAUCAGACUUGGGUCUACUAAUCGGCAUAGUUCGGCUGCAGAUAAUGGUUAUGCCCCGAGCAGAGGCUUUACAAUUAGAAGUGUGCAUCCCAUCGGAGUACGAAUUCCGUCCGCUGUCGCCAGACGAUGCUGUUAUUGUGAAUGAUAUUUGGUAUUCACGUGCAAAUGGUACUUUGGAGUUUAUCAAGCAACUCAUCAGAAACAAUUACAAUAUUGGAAUUUAUCUGAAAUCAACUGGUGAAUUGAUAGCCUGGUGUAUAAGGUGUAAUUUGGGUCUGCUGGGCAUGCUACAUGUCAAGGAUGCUCAUCGUGGGCGUGGUCUAGCCGUUGCAAUGGUGCAUUAUUUAUCACGACAGUAUGCGCAAGCCGGCGACGACGCCACCACUAUGAUAAGUUAUAGCAAUACGGCUUCCAUUUCGCUUUUUACGAAACUGAAUUUCCGAAAAGUCGGCACCACACACAUUUUUAGAACAAAACGCAGCGAAACUACCGAAAUCUGGUCAGACGAGCUGGAGGCUAGGGAGCAAUAAAAUAAUCAAAAAUAAAACAAUUUAGCUAAUUUUA